AUGGCAGAGCACAACAAUGAUAUUGUUUCCUCUCCAUUGGAACUCAAAGGUCUAUCGAAAUACGUAUCGCUAAUAUGUCAUCGAUCACUCGAACGAGCUGUAUGGACAUUUUGUGAGUUGGGCAUUGCUGAUCUAAUGGCUGAUCAUCAAGCUCCUAUUACGGCAUCUGAAUUAUCUCAAUUGAAUGAAAAUAGUUGGAACGCAGAAUUUCUCUAUCGACUGUUACGUGUGAUUGCUGAUGCUGAUAUUAUAAAAGAGAUAAAUAAUGAUGGUCACAAUUCAAAUAAGUAUAGUCAUCCAGAAGAAAUGAUUCGGUUUCAAUUGACAGACGAUGGAUUACUAUUGACAAGCAAUCAUUUUUCAAAAACACGUGAUAUGAUUCGAUUAGAUUUAGGACCAAACGCGGAAAAGAUAUCAACAUAUCUUCCAUCUUUAAUUAAAUUUGGCUACACAAAUGGAAAUAGUUUCGAACAGGUAUUCGGUUGCAACGUAUUUGAUUACAUGCAAAAAGAAGAGAAUAAAGAAUAUGCAAAUAUGUUCAAUAAUUCCAUGGUUGCUUAUUCAAAUUAUACGACAUCAUCAAUAGUUUCACUUAUUGAUUUUGUUCGUUUCAAUACAUUAGUUGAUAUUGCUGGAGGAUUAGGAACAUUAUUAUCAUCUAUUUUAGAAAAACAUCAAAAUUUACAUGGUAUUUUAUUUGAUUUAGAACAUGUGAUCGAAAAUGUUAAAAUGAUGAAUCCAAACGAGUUUCAACGAAAAAAGAUUGAACCAACUCGUUAUGAAUUUGCUGCAGGAGACAUGUUCAAAUCGGAAACAUUACCAUCCGCCGAUGCUUAUAUAUUAAAAUACAUAAUUCAUGAUUGGGAUGAUGAAAAAUCUAUUGAAAUACUCAAAUCAAUACGUUACGCUAAUAAAUCACAAAUAGAAAAGAUAAUUACAGUGUUUAUAGUCGAAAUGAUAAUAUUAUCAAAUGGUAAAGAUAACUGGGAAGUACACGUAAUGGAUCUUGAAAUGCUAUCAGGCGUUGGUUCGAAAGAAAGAAACUUAACAGAAUACAUCGAUUUAUUGAACAAAAGCGGUUAUACAUUGAAACAAUUAUACAAAACAAAAGGUCUUAUGUCUAUUAUUGAGGCAGUGACCACAACUCAAAAUUAUGAUUGA